AUGGCUGUGGCGGACCAGCCUUCGGGCUUGAUGGACAUCGCAAGCUCCCUCACUCAGGAUGAAAUUCCAUUUAAGCUGAGAUGCGCUAUCUGCAACAAACUUGCCGUUAAUGCGUUCCGCUUGCCUUGUUGCGACCAGUCCAUCUGUGAAAACUGCCAGAUAUCGCUUCCCGAGACUUGCCCCGUGUGCGCACAUACUCCCAUUUCCUCCGACCUAUGCAAGCCAAACAAAGCUUUACGGACGACCCUCAAAGCCUUCCUUCGCACGGAAGAAAAGAAACGCGAAAAGGAGCGACAAUCUGCUACGCCUGCGAUCUCGAAUGGAGUGACGCCUGCAGAUGUGACUCCGGCUCAGUCGGAGACACCAGCGGUGUCCGAAACUCCUGCAGGCAAGGCGGUGGGAGAGACACCAGAGGGCAAACUUCACACUAAUGAUGUCGCACGGGACGCAUCAUCUAAUGUUGUGACUGGUGCAGAGCCGUCGGACACCGUUCCUGAGAAUGUGGCAGAUAUAAAUGAAGGAGCAGUACUCAAGGCUUCUGUUGAAAACGAGCAAGCUGAAGAUGGCCCGGUCGAGGCAGGUCAGACAGAUGAGGCUGCAGAGGGAAACGAACCUGCCGAAGGAGAUGCGACGCAAGAGCCUCAGCUCCCCCAACCCGCGGACGAAGGAAUGACUCAGGCCCAAGGCCCGGCACAGAUGUUCGCCAAUCCCAUGGGAUUCAACAUGGGACCCGGCGCCUUUCCAAGCAUGGCAUGGAACAACGCCAGCGGCGAUUUCAAUCCAAUGGCCCAGUUCAUGGCUAACGGCAUGUUCAACUUCCCCAACCCAAUGGGAAUGUCUGGUAUGGGAAUGGACCCAAUGGUCACGAAUCAGGGUAUGCUUGGAGGCUACGGGAUGAGCAUGAAUGGCAUGAACAGUGGCAUGAAUAUGGGAAUGAAUUACGACGCUAGUCAAGGGAUGUAUGGGGGAUGGGACGGCUCUCAGAACAAUAUGUGGAAUGGAGGCCAAGAUAAAUUCAAUCCAAAUGCUUUCGCAAAUGGUAUGGGCCCGCAGUAUGGGGGUCCUUCUGGAUUUGGCGGAUAUAAUAUGUCUCAACCCAACGGAGUUCAUGCUCAAAUGCAGCAACAACAGUUCCCUAGCCAAGAUUUUCAGAACGGGUACUAUGGCCCCGGUUAUGGCAGAGGCAAUUUCCGAGGCCGCGGCCGUGGGUUUGCUCCUGGCGGCCGUGGCCGUGGCGGCUUUGCUGGGCAUAUGCAGGCUAAUUAUCCCCCUAAUGCUAACUACGCAGCAUUCCAAACCCCUAAUUCUUCUGACUUUGAUCAAGACACGGCAGGCCAGUCGCAGGAAGGUGGCCCUGCUGGAAUAUCGCAGGACGAUCCCAGCGCCCCGGAAAGACGGACUGGCGACACACAGAAUGUAUCCGGCGAUGGACAAGUGAAGCCUGACCAGGAGCCGUCAAAGGAGGCAGCUUCUCAGGAAGUUUCUGGCGACACUGCAGCAGAGGCUAUAUCUGCAGACGGACCCACUGCCGAUGGAAAUACGGGGGAAGAGGAAACCCAAUUGCGAGGGAUCCCUACGAUCGACAGUCUUGAUCAGACCAACCAUUAUCAAAUGAUGCCCAAUGCUUCGAUGGGCAUGCCUGGCCACAUGGGAAUGGGCUUUGGACGAGGCUAUACGCGCGGACCGUUCUCAGGAGGCCGCGGGGGUGGCUUUGGGGGCCCUCCUUUUAUGGGCGGGUCAAACAUGCAGCAGGAACCGCGGGGUCAGGGCGUUGAAGGAGCCCCUGCCGCUCCUAGGGCAAUGCGUGAGGGUCUCCCCAACACUAGUGUUCUGAGACAACGGAACUUCUUUGCUCAGGGACGACCUGCAGGUGCGUCGCUAAGAAGCGAACAGAGCGCAACCCCAACAACGCCGCACGAAGACGCACAGACCCGACCGAGGAGUCGAUCCCGAUCUCCCGGUCGCUCCGAGGUCGAUGGCCGCCGCUCCAUCCGUCAGCGCUCACCAACAGUGGAUAAUGGCACCGAGAAUCUCGAACGCAGACGUGAUGCGCCCAGAAGGCCCCGUCGAGAAGACAAAUACGACGAGCCAUCCGCGGCCGAGGAUGUCCGCCGUUCUCGCUCUCCGUCUUUUGAUUCUAAACGAUCAUCUCACCGACGGGACAAGGAACGGGAGGGCAGGGGUGCACGUCGCUCCCAUCGAUCCCAUCGCCGCAGUCGCAGCCGAAGCCGGAGUCGCAGCCGCAACGGAGAUUCGCAUGACGUCGAUCGUCUUCCGCGGAUCCUAGAGGAGCCCGCCUCCCGCUCGGAGAGCAGAGCGUCCGUCUCGCGGAAGGACCGCUCCAGUCGCCGCGAAGAAGAACGAAAUCGAGACAGAGACAGGGACCGAGACCGAGACAGAGACGCCAGACGGCGCGACCGUGACAGAGAAAGAGAGCGUAACCGUGACCGCGAUCGACACCGUGAACGCGAAAAAGACCGUGAUCGCCACCGGGAUCGAGACCGCGAGCGAGACCGGGAUCGGAAACGCUCUCGCCGCGACCGAACCCAGUCCCCCGCUGACAGUGACUAUUCCUCUCGCCACCAUUCCCGACGUAUCAAGCGAGACCGCGAGGACGGCGGCGACAGAGACAAAGACCGCGCCAGAGACAAAGCACCCGCCAAGCCCUCCGAGCCCGAAAAGGAUCCACACACGCUGGAGCGCGAGGCCCGCAAUCGCGAACGAAUGCUCAAAGAGCAGCAGCGGCGGGAAGCGAUGAACGCAGAGGCCAAAUCCAGCCGCCGACGCGAUAGCCGGCAGGAGCGUACCCAGGCCGGAGGCCGUCGGCUCAGCUACAAGUAUGAAGACGAGGAGCCUGAUUCGGCGCGUGCGGCGCGUGUGGAACGAGAGCGAGAGGCUAGCCGGUGGUCGUGA